CUGUAUAACAAAACAGAAUAAUAAUAUAAAAAAAAAAAGAAAUACUUACUUUACACGCGCCUUACUAUGGAGGCCUGACAUUAGAUAUAGAUACACCCAUGAAUAAACAUACACUCACCUCUAUAUACAUACACAGAUUCAUGCGUGUAUACACACGCCAGCCACACGUCACGAAAUCCCGGGACUUAGAAAGUUUUUUUGUUUUUUUUUUUUGGUCAGAAACCUUAACGGAGGUAACAAGGAUACAGAAAGGAUAUGUUUUUUACUACUGCAGAUCAUCUGAUGUUUUAAUUGAAGAUAAGCAAAGAGAUAGAGAGAGAGAAACGACAAAGACGAAAAAAGGGGGAAAAAAACCGAAAGGAUAAAAAAAAAUUCUAAGUUGCGGUGUUCAUUAAAUGCUAAUUAAAUAAGCGAUUAUAGUGAAGAAAGAAAGAAAAAAUAUCACUCCAAACGGACGAGACAAAAACCGAUAGCACGGUAUUUAAACAGAGUUACGAGCAAAGCGGGAAUUAUAAUAUUAAAUAUAAGCGUAAAUAUUUAUGUACAUUAAGAGUGAAAUACGUAUAUAAUUAUUUACUAAAGUAAAAAUUAUAUAUUUCAGUUGGGCAAACUUUUAUGAAUUCAUUCACUGAUUCGCUAUUGAUUAUUCAUCGUUCGAUUGACUUGUUUGUUUUUACUUGUUAUUUUUCAAACGGAUGCUUGUAGUUAAACUGUUGACAGACGAACACCUCUAUAUAAGAACAACUAAAACAAUACAACUCAUUUAACAACAAUAUCGCUGUCUCUACCAUCAACAAACACCAUUGCUACUAUUACUAAUAAUCGCCAAAAGUAAACACACGGACCUUACGAUAACGAACACAAACCUUUAUUAAAUUUACUUACUACACCAUCAACCAAGAAAUCACGACUUCGCUAACCUCAACUACAACUGCCGUAAUAUAACAAUAUUCAACAGAUACGUGAAGACUUCAGUCGAACAACAACACGUACAUCAUCAAGUGACCAACACUACACAGACACACAGACACAUAUAAAAUUACACACAUACACACGCACAUUUGGAUAUUUAUUUAAAACUAUUCUUUGCCCAAAUGUCACAUCAACUGCACAGGAUUAUUUGCUCGACGCUGUUUGUGUUAUUGUUUUCGGAGGUGAGCGGCCUAGGUAUAUUCGAAGUCCGGAUAGUUUCUUUCUAUAACAGCGACAGCAUCACCCAAACACGAACAUGCUGCGAAGGUAGCACUGAAAAUUCUGUUUGCUCAGAAAAGUGUCGGACUUUCUUUUCCAUAUGCUUGAUGCAUUACCAAAAUCCACCCCCGUUGGAUUCUAAAUGUACUUUUGGUGCUGAUAUGACCCCAGUUUUGGGAGAAAGCACAUUUCAUCUAGGAUCUCAUGCUAACAUCAUGAGAACCAUUAAACUGCCGUUUUCCUUCGCGUGGCCGCAAUCGUUCACGUUGUCUGUUGAAGCCUGGCACGACAAUCUCAGGAACCGUACAUUGCGAGAUCCUCGCUACAUGAUCCAACGAGUUGUUGAUACCAACAUCGUAAAACCGUCUCAUAAAUGGGUAAAAAAAGUGAUGCGUUCCAAUAUCACAAUGAUGAGUUUCGAGUACCGUGUUGUUUGUAAGAAAAACUAUUAUGGCGAAGCAUGCGAUCACUUUUGUCGAGUUAGAGACGAUGAAUUGGGUCAUUACUAUUGCACAGAAAAUGGUACCCUAAAAUGUAUGGAUGGCUGGAAAGGAACCUAUUGUGAUCAAGCGAUUUGUCCAGAGCAAUGCCAUAAUUCAUACGGAUCUUGCAAGAAACCGAAAGAGUGCAGCUGCCGAUUUGGUUGGGAAGGCGAGUUUUGCACCAAAUGCAAGAAAGAUCCAAAUUGUUUACACGGAAUCUGUUACGAACCUUGGCAGUGCAUCUGUGAGCCUGGUUGGACAGGUUUCCUGUGCAACAUUGAUCAGAAUUACUGCAGUAAAUAUGGUCCCUGUGAAAAUGGCGGAACCUGUAAAUUUGAUCCAUCUUCUAAUUAUACAUGUUCCUGCCCGCCAUCUUUUAAAGGAUCAAAUUGCAAAAAGAAAAAUGAUGAAUUCACACGACUUCGACCGGUCGAAGCAAAGGAGCAUCUUUUGGUAGGAGCUAUUGCAGUGAUCAUGAGUUAUUUCAUCGAACUUUUCAGAUCUCAAUUGGUAAAGCUCCGGCUCGUCCUUUGCCUCGCCUUGGAUAACCGAGCGUUUUCAAACGGAGAGAAAGAGAUAAACUACAUCAGCCAUAAGGCUAAUGAAAUACAUACAGGUUACAGAUGUCACUGUGCCGAAGGCUUCUACGGAGACCGCUGUGAAAACCACGUGAGAUCAUGCGACAAAAUAGUCUGUAAGAAUCACGGCACCUGUGUUACGGGAGAAGUAGGUGGGUGGUGCGCAUGCCCAAAAGGUUUUACUGGUGAUUUCUGUGAGAAGGAAAUUAAUGAAUGCCAAUCUUCACCGUGUCAGAAUGGAGGUAUUUGUGUCGAAUAUUUCAACGAUUAUGCCUGUGAUUGUCGCAGCGAUUAUGGAGGAAAGAACUGUGAACUUUAUCUGCCGUGCCCUUGCAAAAACGGUGGUACAUGCAUAGGCCUGAGCCAAUGUAAGUGUCGCGACGGAUUUACUGGACGACGAUGUGAAAUUGUCAUCAAUAAAUGCAAGCGACUUCACUGCAAGAAUGGCGGUACCUGUUUGUCAUAUGCUCGCGAAGGUCGUGAAGAAUGCAUCUGCCCUCUUGGUAUAACUGGUUCCGAAUGCCAAUAUAAAGACUAUUGUGUACAGAAACCCUGUCUGAAUGGUGGAACUUGCCGAUACCACAAACGUCAACGAAGUUUUAAAUGCUCUUGUUCGAGUGAAUUCAACGGGAACUGGUGUCAAUACGACAAGCGUACAGCACCGCAAAUUCGGAAUGAACCAGGUAGUAGCAUCAUGCCUUUGUUUAUAAGCGAGCAGUCGUUUAGAGGCGAGAAGUCGUUUACAGGUGAGCGGUCGCUUACAAGAAAGCAGCCGAUGUCCCGAGGAAACAGUGUUUUCUCGUUUGCGAAAUUAAUAUAUUUUCUACCCUUCCUGACUUUGAACAUUCGCUUAAUGGUGUGUGAUAUAUGAUCUAUAAUACAAAUAGAAAACAUUGGAAAGAAAUUAUAAUGAAAUAUAUUAAUACAUACACGAAUAUGUGUAUGUAUAUAUUUAUAUAUGCAUACAUAUAUAUGCUAUGUAUAUUUAAAUGUAUAUUUGCUUACAUAUACCAACAUAUGUUUGUAUAUAUAAGUAUACAAAUCUAUUUAUAUGCAUUUAUGCAAACUUGUGUAUAUAUACGUACAUAUAUAUGCGUAUUCAUAUCUAUAUGCAUAUAUAUAUAUAUAUAUAUAUAUAUGAUUGUAUAGUUCUUUUGUAUUUUAGAAAAGUUAGAAUAUAAAAAAUGCGAUAAGGUAAAGAGAAAGAAAGUUUUAAGAACGAAAAAGUUGAAAGAGGAACAGGGGCGUGAUAGCUUUGGUGCAGUCAUCAGGGUAAAUACCACUACCAAUAUAACUGCUGCAGGUAUCACUCCAGAAAUAUGAGGAUUUUUUAAUGAUUAUAACAUAGCGCAAUCAAUUGUCUCGAACGAAACAUGUCAAACAUGACAUAAGAAAUUUACUACACACACACACACACACAUGGAUAUAUAUUGGAUAAAUAUAUAUUCCUUCAACAAUGUAACAUUCAGUUGGAGAUAGACAGAUAAGUAGCUUCCAUGACAAAAGAGCAGAUUUUGGAUUUGUCCAUAUCUCUACCACAUACGAUUACUUUGAAUACAUAUUUAUUUUACAUCGGUAUCAUAACUAAUAUAUAUACGAGAAUCAUUGAUUUCUCUCUCUUUCUCUCUCAGUGUCAUAGAUAGUUAUCUUCCGAUACUCAUGUGAGCUGAUAUCUUAAAAUUUUUUUUUUUUUAAUAACAAAUGUUUAUUUGAACAUCUGUUUCUAUAAGUACUUAUGAUAAAUCCAUUCACCAACUUACAAGUAAAAUAUAAUUAGGAAGAAAGAAACAAACAUAAUUAUAUAUAAACUGUAAUUUUCAAAUUCAGAAUAUUAAAGAUUUAUGUAAAAUUUAAAAAAUAGCAGUUUUGCUGCGGAGAGAGACGUGAGCGGAUAACUCUCUUGGUAAUUUUUAUCACGCGUUUUAUAUUAUAGCAAAACUCAUUCGAGUCUUUAGUUUAACCUAGAAGAAUCAUAAUAAUGUACAUGUUUUGCGAGUUUUCAUAAAGAGAUGUUUCUCUCUCAACGCGUUUUCUGUCCAAGAAAGUCGACGAAAGUUUAACUGGAGUAAACCGAACUCCUGGAUAUUAUUGUUUUAUAUUGUUUGAUUUUCCAAUCACACCUUUGGUUCAUUUAUAUACAUUUUCUUUAUCUGGAAUAUUUUUUGUGGCAAAAUAUUUUAUUGAUCUCCUCAAAUAAUUUUUUCGUUUUUUUUUUUAGACCUGAUUCCAUUAAUUUCAAAACCAAUUGACUGUUGCCAUAUUUCAAUUCUUUUUUUUUUUUUUUUGCAUCCAGUUCUCAUCCAAAUGUGUAUCAUUUGUUCAUCAUAUUUUGAGUUAUAAUCAAUCAAAUCAUCAAACACAUAAACAUUAUUGUUAGUUUUGGUCUAUUUUUACAAAAACAUAUCUACACGCUGUGUUUUCUUUUUCUUUCUCUAUGUGUCUAAGGUGAUCUUUCCAAAGCAAAAUAACCGCAUUCAAAAUCUGAAGUCAGCUGCAUAUAUAUAUAUAUAUAUAUAUAUAUUCGUUAUUAAAAAUCAAAUUUUAUUCCUUGAUUUAACUUUCAAAAUCCAUACUUAACGGAACUUAAAACCUUAAGACAAAAAUGCCAAAUCCCUACCUAAAGAUUAUGCUUCUUGAACACAACACAGAGAAAAUAUAAAGAGGUGAAGAAAACGGUUUCUAUUUCCAUUUUUUUCUUUUUCCGGAGUUAGAAAAUGACCGAAAAUUUUAUAUAUGUUAUAUGUGUAAGUAAAUACACACACAAAUCUGUAUAUAUGUAGUAAAUCAAAAUUUUUCAAAGGGGCUACUGAAAAAGUACCCCAAAUUUUCCAAACCCGGUAGAUAUGGAAAGACUGGUAGUUUUAAACUUUGGUGACUAGAUUUUUCUAUGGAUUUCAUUCUAAAGAGUGUGGCAUACAGUUUUUUUUACGAAUGUAUGAAUUACUAGGAAACGUUCAGAUACUUGUAUAUAGACCCUGAAAUCCGUACAAAGGGAGUACCACAAUCUUUUGGCAUAUGGAACGAAUGAAAGGCGGCGGGAUUAGUAGAAUUUUUGAAAAUAUUUAACUGAACGUAUGCCCUUCCAAAUGCAUAUGUAUGUAUAAUAGAUGUAUAUAAUUUACGAACGUUCAUGCUUGUGCAUAUUACAUGUGUGAAUUAUGUAUUAUAUAUUAUGUGUAUAUUACAUUAUGUGUGUAUCUGUGUGUGUUAAUUGGUUCAAAUAGUGUGUGUAUAUUUAACUGUGUAUCUGGAUACAAUUUUUUACGGCCGGGUGGGAUACACGCAGCAUAGCCAAAUGGUUAAGAAGUUUGCUUUGCUAUCACGAAGUACCACAGUCCAUCCCACUUUGAGAUAUCGUGAACAAGUGCCUUUUACCAUAACCGCGAGUCGACCCAAGCCUUGUGAAUGAUAUUGGGUACACGGAAACUGUGGAGAAGCCCGCCAGAUGUACUGUACCUGUAACUCAAGACGUCUAACCUUAUUACACAUUGUGUCACGCAGGUACACAUGGCUGUGGAGUAUUCUGCCACUGACAUGCUAAUUCAAUGACUAGUUAGUUCAAACAAUCGAACACUCGAACAUUCAUCGUCGAUACGACGGAGACCCAUUUACCUUUUUUUUUACUUUGUGUGCUCUUUGUGUUCUCCCAAAUAUAACUCUAAUCGUAUUAAUAGAUGCAUUUGUCAGCCUGUAUG